AAGUAUUUAUUUUAUUUUGCAAAAAAGGCAAUAAACCCGAUUUCUCUGGCGGGACCGUAAAGUACCCUCCCUUCCUUGUCAUUAAUUUCUGUGGUAGCUAUGUGACGCCUUAUUUCUGUGGUACCAAAGUUGAGUUUGGUCAACCCAGCUGUUUCGUGUCUCCUUCAGUCGUAUGAGGAAAGAUGCUCACACUUUGUUUCUAUAUGAUUUCUUCUUCUUUAUACAACGGAUGCAACAAUUUCAUCAACUCAUUCAUUCAUUAUCCUAUAUAUUUAUAACGAUAUGUCACUCUCUUGGAUACCCCUUCUCCCGCAUAUAAUUCAGGCACUGACUGGUCGUCGGCCAUCCGUUCAGAGAGGUACAGAUGAUAAAACCCAAAGCUAUAGAUACGAUGUGUUUAUCAGUUUCAGGGGUCCUGACACGCGCAACACCUUUGUUGACCACCUCUACUCUCAUCUCAUUAGAAAAGGUAUUUUCACUUUCAAAGAUGACAAACAACUUCAGAAAGGUGAAUCCAUUUCACCUCAACUUCUACAGGCAAUUCAACAUUCACGGUGUUCUAUUAUUGUUUUCUCAAAAGAUUAUGCUUCCUCAACUUGGUGUUUAGAUGAAAUGGCUGCCAUUGCUGAUUGCCGUGCUAAAUUUAAACAAAUUGUGUUUCCUGUUUUCUAUGAUGUUGAUCCAUCUCACGUGCGAAACCAGAAUGGAGUUUUUGAGAAUGCUUUUGUUUUACACACUGAGAAAUUCAAAGAUGAUCCACACAAGGUUGAUGGGUGGAAGAGAGCUAUGACUUGUUUCGCUGGAUUGACCGGUUGGGAUGUCAGGAAUAAGCAAGAAGUUGAAGAGAUUGAAAAUAUUGUCCAGACUGUAAUAGAAAAGUUGGGUCAUAAAUUCUCAGGGUAUGCUGAUGACCUUAUCGGAAUACAGCCUCAAGUAAGAGCAUUAGAAAAACUUUUAAAACUAAGCUCACAUGAUGACCGUUGUCUAGUUUUAGGAAUAUGGGGGAUGGAUGGCAUAGGAAAGACAACUCUUGCAACUGUCUUGUAUGACACAAUCUCACAUCACUACCAAUUUGGUGCUUGUUGUUUUAUCGAGAAUGUUAGCACAAUUUAUAGAGAGGAUGGUGCUAUUGCUGUCCAGAAACAAAUUCUUCAUCAAACUCUGAAAGAAAAAAAUCUUGAUGCAUACAGUCGCUCUGAAAUAUCUGGAAUUAUAAUAAAUAGGUUAAAGAACAUAAAGGUCCUUAUAGUUCUAGACGACGUUGAUAGUUUUGUGCAACUACAAGAACUGCACCUAAAUCCUAGAUUGCUUCAUCCAGAAAGUAGAAUAAUCAUAACCACUAUAGAUUUGAAUAUUCUUGAAUUGUAUGGAGCGGAUAAAAUUCACAAGGUUGAAUUGAUGAAUUAUAUUGACGCUCGUAAACUUUUAUGUAGAAAAGCCUUUCAAAGUGAUAAUUCAAGUAGUGAUUAUGCCGAACUUAUUCCCAAGGUUCUUGAAUAUGCUCAAGGUCUUCCAUUAGCAAUUAGAGUAAUGGGAUCUUUCUUGUUUAAUAGAGAUACCAAAAAAUGGAGAGCUACCUUGGAUGGAUUGGAGAAAAAUCCAAAUAGUGGAACUAUGAAAGUGCUUCAGUCGAGUUUUGAGGGACUCGAAAAUAGAGAGAGAGAAAUAUUUUUGCAUGUUGCUUGUUUCUUUGAAGGGGAGAGGGAGGAUUAUGUGAGGCGAAUUCUACAUGCUUGUGAAUUGCAACCUGAUAUUGGAAUUUCACUUAUUGUUGAAAAAUCAUUCAUAACCAUUAGAAACCAGGAAAUUCAUAUGCAUAAAAUAUUGCAAGAGUUGGGGAAGCAAAUUGUUCGGAAAGAACAUCCUGAUGAGCCAAGAUUAUGGAGUAGACUGUGGCUUUAUCGUGAUCUCAAUGAUGCAAUUAGAAAACUGAAAGCAAUAAAAGCUAAAGCCAUAAUUCUAAAUCAAAUGGAGGAUGUUAGCAAAUUCAAACAGUUGAGGGAUGAAGAUUUAUCAAAAAUGGAGAACUUGAAACUGCUCAUAUUAAAUCAAUCAAAAUUUUCAGGAAGCUCCAAAUUUCUUUCCGAUUCCCUAUGCUAUCUUUUGUGGAAUGGUUGUCCUUUGACGUGUUUGCCAUCAAACUUUCAACCAUAUAACCUUGUAGAAUUGAAUAUGCCGGAUAGUAGCAUUGUGCAACUAUGGGAAGAAAUCCAGGAUCUCCCCAAUUUGAAAAGGAUGGAACUGAGCAACUCCAAAAAUCUAAAGGUGACUCCAAGGUUUGAAGGGAUGCAAAAUCUUGAGCGGUUAGAUCUUACAGGAUGCAUAAAUUUGUCGGUGGUGCAUCCAUCAAUUGGACUCCUUACAAAACUAGAAUUUUUGAGUUUGCAAAACUGUACUAGUCUAGUCACCCUUGUUUUUCGCUAUGCACCAAGACUAAUGUCUUUGAGAGUUCUUAGUCUCUCUGGCUGUACAAAACUUGAAAACACUCUGAAUUUUACCGAAUUAUCAAAUCUCCAGUACCUAGAUAUGGAUCGAUGUGCAAGUUUAUCCACAAUUCAUGAAUCUGUUGAGGCUCUUGAAGAGCUUACAUUUUUAAGUUUGAGAGAGUGCACAAAUCUUGUUGGAAUACCUGACGGCCUUAAUAAUAUGACAUCUCUUACAACUCUAGAUCUAUAUGGCUGCUUGAAAUUUACCAAUCUGCCCCUGAGAGUUGUCAAUGAUCAUUCUUCCCUAGAAUCUCUGAUUUUUCUGGACUUAAGCUUUUGCAAUAUUUCUAAAGUACCUAAGGAUAUUGGAAAAUUAAGGUGUUUAGAAAGACUAAAUCUUCAGGGAAAUAAAUUUACUGAACUUCCUUCCAGCUUGAGUUGGCUUGACAAUCUAUCAUAUUUAAACUUGUCUCACUGUCAUAAGCUUCAAAGUUUGCGUUAUCUCCCAAAAAGAAGUGGUCAAUCAAAUUCUGCGGGAAGAUAUUUUAAAACAACAUCUGAAUCCCGUAAUCAUAGAUCAGGAUUAUAUGUGUUUGACUCUCCCAAUUGCACGCAGUGCAGAUUCUUUGUCAACGCCCUCAUCCAGAGAUGGAUACUAACAAUGUUUGAGGAACCUCUUUCCUUUCGGUGUGGCUUUGACAUUGUUCUUCCUUGGUACAAGAAUACUAGUGAUUCUGUUGGAAAUCACUUCAUUUCAAUAUUUUUUCAUCAUCGGUUUGAAGGGGGUUCAAUAGUAAGAAUAAAUGACCCUGUCAUGGAUGUUUGCCUCGGUUUUCUCUUUUAUGUAACAUUUGAGUUAAAUAAUCACCCUGUACUAUCUAGUUCUUCACAUCAAUCGCUCUCUUCGUCACUGCCACAUCCUUUUUAUCUUUCUUUUGAGAGUGAAUACACCGAAGAACGCUUUGAUAUGCCACUUAAUUUGGAACUAAACAAGAUUGACGGCUUAAACUACAUUUGGGUAAUCUAUAUUUCUCAGGAACACUGCCAUUUUGUGAAAACAGGGGCACACAUCACAUUUAAAGCCCGCCAAGGUUUGAUUAUCAAGGAAUGGGGAUUGCUUCCCUUAACCAAGAUAAACACAGAGGAGGGCGGAGAAAUUGAAUUUGAUGCACCAUCUCUUUCUUUGGAGAAUGUGAAUAUAAAACAAAGAAGCAGCGGCAGUAGCUGUAUGCCUAAAAUCCAAUUUCCUUACAACUGGUUUGUUUCUGACAAAGAUGAAGCUGAGAGGGAUGAAGCCAAGGGAAAAGAAACUGAUCUCUUUAAUCUUGGCCUUUUAACUGAAAGUUCACAAUUGUUGUAAAAAAAAAAAACA